GCCUCUGGGCACGGCCUCCUCGGGCUAGGCCUCGGGCUAGGCCUCGGGCUGCGGCGCCGCGGGCAGGGUCCGGGCGCUGCCUGAGGGCCCCGGGCCGGUGGGGGGCUCGGGGCUGCAGCUGAGGGGAAGCGGGCGCCGGUUCCUUGCCCCGGGAGACCCGCGCCCCCUGCCCGCCCGGGAGCAGCAGGGGCACAACUCCCCGCCGCCGCCCCCGCUGCUGCGGGCGGGGGCGCCUCGUCACGGCGGCACAGACUCCCCAGGGCAAGGCAGCGGGCGGGGAGCCCUGAGGCCGCAGCAUUUGCACCCGCCUCGUGCACAAAUCUGGGGGGGGGACGUGUCCCCCAUGAUCCCGGGGGCUGUGCACAGCAGUGGGACCCCCCUCCCCAAUGCCUCAUGCCCCCUGGGUGAGCUGCCCGUGGCCCAGUCCUGCUUCACACCCCAGCCUCACGCACCGCCCUGGUGGGGCAGUGCCCCCAGUCCCUGGCCUGCUCCUUUCGUCACCAGGAGGACCGUGAUCUAUCCCUUAUGCCCCUUCUCCUCUGUAGACUUACCUGCAGGGAGCUGUUCUCCACGCCGCCUGUCUGUAUUCCUGGGCACGUGUGCGGGUGCACACACGCACGUGGACCCCCCAGCAUCCCACUCCUAGCAGCCCUUGCAGGCUGAAUCACUGCCAGCCUGCAAGGGGAAACCAGGCGUUUCCCACAGAUCCCUGCACAACUCUGAGAAUCCAGGACCAGUGGUGUCCCAGCAUCAUGCAGCCUGGAUCUAGGACUGGAGUGGCCGGGGCUUCAGAGAUGGAAGAGUCUGAAGAUUCCAGGCCCCCAGAGGAAACUCUCCAUCGCUUGAAGCUUGCUGAUCACAGCAGCGAUUCCGUGACAGCUGGCUCCAAAGAUGGAUGCCUUGGAAGGAGUCUGGAGAGGGGAGAUACGCAGUCUGCUACCCAGGAAACUGGAGCAACAGAUGAGUGCUUUCAUGACUGUCCUGAAUCCUUUGAGGGCAAGGUGCCCAGAGUAGAUGAAGAAGAGAAGAUAACGAACAAUGAAGAUUCCUCAGAGAAACAGACCGAAUUAGAUGAAGAAUACUUACUAGAGCUGGAAAAAGACAUGCCUGAGGAGGAAAAACAGAAAAGAAGAAAGGAGAGCACGUCAUUAAAGGAGAAAGGAAAUGAGCAGUUUAAGAAACAAGAAUUCGGAGAAGCAGAAGACUCCUACACAAAGGGUCUGCGGGUUUGCCCAGCUUGCUACCUAAAGGACAGAUCUGUCUUAUUUUCUAACAGAGCUGCUGCACGAAUGAAACAGGACAAGACAGAAGCUGCCCUAAGUGACUGUAGCAAAGCACUUGAAUUGGAUCCUAACUAUAUCAGAGCUCUCCUGAGAAGAGCAGAACUGUAUGAAAAAACAGAGAAACUAGAUGAAGCCCUGGAGGAUUAUAAAACAGUCCUAGAAAAAGAUCCUUCAGUACAUCAAGCAAGAGAAGCUUGCAUGCGAUUACCUAGACAAAUUGAAGAACGGAAUGAAAAAUUAAAGAAAGAAAUGUUAGCUUUUGAAGACCCUUCUCAGCGCCAGCGGAUGAUGUCAACCUCCAGCGCCGCUCCAACCGCACAGAGUGACCUGAUAAAGCAUGCAGGUGGCGUUGCCCACUGUUCCAUGUUUUCUGCCACCAUGCCUGGGCAAGGAAAUAUGGUCACAGGAAUUCCAUGGGGUCCAAACCUUAAAAAAAAAAAAGAAAAGAAAAAAAAACUAUGGAAGGAGUUAUGCAUUAACCAGCUUAAGUCAGUAGUCAGCAACAUUUUGGGGUGGCAGGCCAGAAUGGCCCAUCCCGGUUCCACUGCUUCUUCUACCUGCUGCCCAGUGGUAAGGAAUGUUGGAUGGCAUACAGCCUACAAAACCAGUAGGUCCAAAACAGAAUAUUUUAAAGGAAACCAGACCAAAUCAUGAAAUUUCAACUGAGCCUAAGCAUCGAAUCUGUGGUGAGUCUAAAGUUCACUGUAUGCGGCUAAGAAGACUAUAAACCUAACGAAAGAUCCAAGAAAGAACAUCCUGCAUGGGGAGAACAUGUCUCAACUAACAUUACUUUUGACGAGACAUCCUUUAAUGCUACGAACACAUUUUAUGAUCUACUAAAUAUUAAAAAUUAUUUAUUUUUGGUGUAUGGUUACAACUCGAGACAACCCCUGCACGCUACAACCCUACCCGAAGUCUUCAUCUACAGGACUGGAAAGAUCUUGUGCUAGCACCUCUUGUAACUGAAUUGUCUUUAGCACAAAACUAGGAAAACCAGGGCAAAAAGGUCAACCGGCUGUGGAAGAGGAGGUUCCAGACCUAGAAUAAUUCAUAACAUCAAACGUGGUUGCCUAAAAUAAUCCAUUAGUCUUUUUGCCAAAAGGCAACCUGCUCAAGGAGGAAGGGGGGAGAUUUUUUUUUCCUCUUGCCAGCUCAGUGCAGCCUACUCUGGCAUUCUCAGGAGAUAACCUGGUUUUGUCACUACUUUGUGCCAAGCAAAAAGUAUCCCUUGUUUCAGUAAUGCGUGUAGCUGAAGGCAUUAUCCCAACUGAUAUUUCAUAGUAAUAAAAUGCUGCAUUUAAACAAGACUUUGAUAUAUCAGUCAGAGGUUACUCUAGGCCUGGUUUAUAGACUAGGAACAUGAGUUUUAAUGCUAAUACAGCUUUUAAAUACUUAGAUUCAGAGCUAGAAGCAUGUGGCCAGAUUAUCAAAAACAUAAUAAGAACAGAUUUAAUCUUUUCCAGAGAGGUGCAGGAUGAUUAUUCACACAUCAUGGGGUCCUUUUUUCCCCUUAUUUCAAAAGUCUACUUGAACUGAAUUGGCUAGCUAGAACACCAGUUUCUACAGCCAGCAGCACACAAGGAAGUGAUAUAGCACAAGGGACAGCCACCUUUGACUCUCCAGUCUGAAUAAAGAGGUACCUAUCUGCAACUGGACUGACAGGAAACAGUCUUCAAGAUGUCUAGAGUGGGGUUCAGACUCAAGGUCAUGUCUCUGGAUCUAUAGGAAGAGGUCUUACUCACUUUGCCACUGUGCCUCAGCUUCUGCCCUAUCACCUGGCACAACUAAGGAACAUGGGAAUUAAUUAGUACAUAUUUAGCUGAGUUUUCUAAUUAAUAUUUCUAACAUUAGCAAAUCAUGGUACAUUUAUUAGUUUUUGAAGCAAUCCCUAGACUGAGACUUUACGAUUUCAAGUCUUGCCAAUUAUGAUUGAAUAUGUUUAGAGCUAGACGUGUAGUCUUCUGUAAUGGUGCAUCAACUACAGUCAGUCAUUAGCAGUUAAGGAUAUCAGUGAAGUUAGAAGCUUUUUAUUUCUGUGGGAAUAGAAGUUAAUAAAAACACCUCAACUACUCCAAAUGGGAUAAGAGUGAAGUGUUGCACACCCCUUUUGCUCUCCACCCAAGCAGUGUUAGCUGGCUGUGUGGAAUGAAACUAAACAAUGGGGAGUAUAGAUAGAGAAGGGCUAUUACAAGCAGUGGUUAUGAGCCUAUUUAGGAUUUACUCCUAGUGUCCUUGAAACUAAACAUAUGCAUAUAAACAACACAUAAUGGUCUGGAGGUUUGUUUUAACAGGCAGGAUUUUUUAUGUAGUUCACAAGUGCAAGAAAGAAAGAAAGAAAGAAAGAACGCUUCACGAAUUUGCGUGUCAUCCUUGCGCAGGGGACAAACAAACAAACAAACAAACAAGAGGCUGGUCUAAGCUAUCACCACCUUCUCUAAAGAAAAGCCAACUCAGCUUUAAACAUGACCUCUUUUUGGGUCUCGAAGACAUUUUUGACUUGAUGUGGACCAGAUGAUUCAUACAAGAAUGAAUGUCCACCAAUAAUUAUUGCAGGAGGUUAGUAUUUCAGAUGUUAACUCAAGUUUGAUUCAUAUAUCUUCAUUUACGAAAUAAGAUCAUUGAACUCUGCUCUAUUACUACUGAGUUAAAAUUACACAUGAUCUUUGGUUCAAGAACUUUUCAUGUACAGUAUCAGUUUUAGGCGAUAUGCUAUACUAUGUAUUCUUUUUAUGCUUCUUUAGAAGUUAAUAAUCUGCUCUUAUUUGGCUUAACUACGUAUUGUAUUGGCUGUAUAAGCACCUUUGACUGUUUCAUGCAUCAUGUACCUGAAUUCGGUGCUUUAGUCUGUAUUUAAAGGAAUUAUACGAGUAAUAAUGCUCCAAUUAUAUUGUUUAUAUGCAAAACAGUAUUCCAGGUCUAUUCAAAAUGGACUAUACUGGAAAUUGGGUUAUACAACUACUUCACACUAAUAACAGUAUUAAAAAUAUUAAUUCAGAAUACACAUCACUACUAUUCUGUUUAGUGCAAAAUGUAUGUCUAUCUAUUUUCUAAACAUCCACCAGAACACUUAGAAGGCAUGCACAAGAGUCAGAUAAUUUUCUCAGUAGUUUAUUCAUACCCUGAGUACCAGGGCAUCAGAAUAAGCUAUACAGGAAAUGUAGUACUUUGUCCAAAUCAUGGCACUAGCUUUCAGUUAAGCAGCCUUGUCUGUAGAAGCAGCAUUUUUUGUGGAGAGGUAGAUCUCUCUCAUCUUGCAGCUGAAACACUGUGGCAGGAUCCUCCAAUUAACGAUGCUCAAUGAAGACUAUGUUGGACUAACAGACCCCACGUAUGAACAGAAUAGGCCAGGGCUGAUAUUAAUAUCUCAUAACCAGAAUAAGUCUUUAUUUGGACUGUUCAUUUUUGAGCCCAUGAACACCCUCCAACUAAUGUAGUUAAGAUUUCUACUGUUGUAUUCCAAUAGUAUUUGAAUCUAUUCACAUAUAUCCUGAGCCAAAAAUAAUUUUCUAGUGCCUUUUGAAAAGUAUGUUUGUUUGGGGGUUUUUUCCCCAUGUAAAUGAAGUUGUCAGGACAUAAUCUCCUGCAGCUGCUUGUACUAAGUACCCCUGAGGAAUGGAUAAGUCAUUUUUCUAUUGCAUCGUUCCCACCCAUAGAACACCAUGUGAGUAUGGUGCUACAGCAAACUCACUAACCACCCAGAAACCAACAGAAAAUGAAACACAGCUAGAAGCUGUUAUCACUUUAAAAUGUCCACUCCUGGAGAAGGAUUUCCAGCUCUGAAAUGGACAGGAGCCAUGACAUCAUAAUCUCAUGAGCUCCACUGCAGUCAGGAAACCAGGGCAUGUCUGAAACACUUAGACAAUACAGAGACAGAUAACUACCCUUGGAAAGGUCUCAAGGAAGGCUCUAGGGAAGGUAGCUUCUCCCUUCUCCACCUGAAAAAGUUAAAGGACGCUCCUUGUAAAACUUUCUGCUGCUUCACUGUAGGUCUGAGUAACAGAUUAUAAACGAAGAUACAUAAAUGAAUUGCAAGUUUCUAGGAGGUUUGUAUUUUCAAUCUGUACUAAGUACAGUCAUUUUGCUUCAGCAUAGACACAGUGCGAGAGCCAUUUUAACUAGAGGUGUUUUUAGAUCAGUUUUGUUUAGCUUCUGAAACACUCAAAUGGACACUACAGUGUUCAACAAGAGACGGUCCUAAUUAAAGCUGGUAGUUUAAAAUCACCAUCUAUAAAUACAAUGCAAUAAAGAGAAUGCUAAAAUGUAA